CACCUGAGGACUAGCUGGGCAAGGGUGCACCCCUCGCCGUUUUAGGAGCUGUUGCUGGUCAACAGCAGAACACGCACACAGAGAACCCACUCCACCACCAUCACCAGCCGGUGCUUGGCUCUGUGCUCAUCGUGAUAGUCGGUGACGCACAAUGUCACAGUUGGUUUGCAACGUGGUAGUCGCCGUGGUCUGUGCGCUGGUCGCAUGUGCCACCGCAGUCAACCACUGGAUGGCCACCAGCACAGGCGUCAUUGCACCAGCGGAUGACUUUGAGUUUGAGAGCGUUGAUCCACAUUCGGAGCACUUGUCGGCGUUUGUGUUCCACGACCACCGCAUCGGGCGAUACAGAAGCACGGCCACGCGCAUCGACGAAGCAUACUUCCUCGAUAAGCCUGCCCUCUCCAUCCUCAAGGUGGACAUGCCGGAUGUGCUUGCGAAGACGCGGGACUACGACCCGGCCGUGACGGUGUCCACUCUCGACCUGCACCAACCGCUCGCCCUCAUGCUCUCCCACAAGGGCCUCGAUGCUCGCGAGUUUGUGGACAUUCAGUCCAUUCCGCCAAAAUUCAAGGGCAAAGCGCCCAUCUGCACCGACCUCAAUCUCAGCAGCAAAGAUGCGCAGGCGCUGUUUUCGCUGAUUCGCUCGGAGGGCCUGCCACGCACCGCCGAAACACACCUCCUCCCUUUCCUCUGGCUCGAACUCGCUCAGGACGAUGAUGACGAAACGACGGUGCCCCCAAAGUUCCUGAAGAAGCUUGGUGGUGGUCUUGCCCACGCACUCUCUGUGUACCCGGAGUCGUGGAUCGUGCACUUCCUGUCUGGGCUGUACUGGCGGGCCGGUGGCGAUGCGUCGAGCAGCGUGGAGUGUUUCCGCAGGGCGCUCUACCUCGCCCCCGAUCCCUUCCGCGACCUCCCACUCGUCUCCCUCUCAGCCGUCCUCCUCCGCGCUAACCGAACGGGGGACGCGCUGGUGCUGAUUGACUCAGCGCUCUCAACAACAGAUUCCCUCUAUCUUCCGCACAUGCUCAAAGGCAUCAUCCUCCUGACGGCCAACCGAACCGUUGAUGCGUCGACGUCGUUUGCAAAGGCGAUUCAACUCAACCGCGGGCUGACGCUUGGCUUUGAGUUUCUCCUUGCGACGCUGAGCGACGUGAAGGCGGCGGCUGCAACGGCCCGACGCGAGCGCGAAAUCAACUUCCGUCGCCUCACCAUGGUGCUCCCGCCGGACCUGACGUGGGCGGACUUUGAUUACGAGGCAACAGCUGACAUGUGUGCCGGAGCAACGUGCACGGCGCACGCGGAGUGCAAUCCUCUGGACGGAAAGUGCCACUGCAUGGACGGAUGGCUCGCUGUGCAGGGGCAGUGCGUUGCAGACGACCUGUGCGAAGACAUCCAGUGCAAGCCGAAUGCGAUGUGCCGUGGCGGGCGCUGCUACUGCCGCCCGGGAUACGUUGCCUCCAACGGCGCGUGUGUUGCGGAUCCAUGCGCCGGUGUCGACUGUGUCGAGCACGCCGUGUGCGACCCAAACUACGGCCUCUGCAAGUGCAUCCCGCCAUUCAAGGCAUACGGCCCAGAGUGCGUGACGGAGGAGUGUGUUGGCAUUGUGUGCGGGAACAACUCCUUCUGCCAGCGCGGCCGCUGCUUCUGUCGCAUCGGAUACAAGGCCGAGGAUGGCAUCUGCAUCAAAGAUGAGCCGUGUCACCGCCAGCAGUGCCCCGCAAACGCCACUUGCAAUCCUGACGACGGCCACUGCCGCUGUGCUGACGGCUUCGUUGCAGAUAUGCACAACAACAGAUGCGUCCCAGAACACGAAGCUGUCGAGUCCACCACCCCCCUCGCUGCCGACGAAGGAGACGACAACACCAGCGAUGAUCACGAGGAUGACGGUGGUGACAGUGGCGUGUUGACGAAAGCAUCCGACUUUGACACGGGCAUCUUUGACCCCAACGACCUCGAAGACGCAUCGCUGCAGCCCACAAUGGCCGUUGGCGUGAAACCCGGCACGUCUGCGGACACGCAUUCCGGUGCGCGGCGCCACCUUCCCUUUGAGGAGGAGGACUUCAUCACCGCCGACAAGUGCACGCGCGCAAUGCGCAGGAUGCCGUCAUGGGAUGAGUUCUCAAGCACGUUCUUGCCGCCUGUUCCCGACUACGACCUCUCCCUGCAGACCCUCCUCGCAACAAAAAUUCGCAUCCCUCCAAACACCAAAUUCCAGCAGCCGUUCUGCACGCAGGGGCAAGUUGUGUUCAGCGCGGGCACGAUGGACCGCAUUCCGUCGCUCGCCAUCAACGCCUCCCUCGGCCCCGGCAGCACGUACCCGGAGGAAACGGGACUCAAGGACAUUGCCCAGCAUUUGCUCGGGUUUGCGAUGCCUGUGGACGAGUUUGGUCAUCGGAUUGCUGACGUGCUCAGCGGCCACGAAACGAUCUGGGCGCUGUAUGACCUUGCUGCGCUGUACUGGCGCGUGCAAGGGAAACACACGGAGGCAAUUCGAUGCAUCCGCGCAUCGCUGUUUCACUCGCCGCCAGAGUACAAGGACGUCGCUCUCAUCAACGCCGCAAACAUUCUCCUGCGCAGAAACUCCCUCGCAGAUGCGCGUGCUGUGGCGGAGGUUGCGCUGGCCACGACACAGCACCACCGCGCCAUCUGCCACUUCACGCUGGCGAAUGUCCUGUUUACGCGCACGGAGCUUGUGGAGGCCAUUGAGCACUACAAGGACGCCCUGCGCUACCAGCCCUCGUUCCAGCUCGCUGAACACUCCCUUCGCCGCGCCAUGUGUGCGCAGCAGUAUCCGCUUGCCAACAUGUACAGCGAACAGGAGACAAAGGAGGAGCGGGCUGCGCGAGAGCAACUGCAUCGCCAGGUGAAGGAUGCGCGUGCCCUCAAGGAUCGCCUUGAACACCUGAAGCAGAUUGUGGAGGCGUACGAUGAGUCGUCGGAGGUCGCACAGCUCAAGUCGCAACUGCACGAUGCGGAGGAGCGUUUGCGCACGGUGUUCCUGCGACAGAAGAUGGAGUCGCGCGCCAAACCGGAAGAACGGCUGCUGUCGUCGCUGCAGUACAAACUCCGCCUGCGCACAGAGGAGGAAAAGCAAGAGAUGAACGACCCGCAGCUCGCUGACCUCGCCCCGUUCGACGCCAUGCUCCACGACCUCGACCCAGUGGAUUCGCUCAAGCUGCAACAGCAGGAGGGCAAGGCGCUCGUUGACGCCGCUAUCACCAGCAUGAACAGCCACCACACUCAUAGUGACGAUGAUGAUGAUCGUGAUGAUGGUGGCAGCACGUCGGACCCUGUAGCCUCGCGCUUGAUCACCACCUCUCCGUCCAUCCCGACGUUGAUUGAGUUUGUCGACAACGCCCUCGUGGGCCACACGAACCAAACAGCCGUGCAGGUGCUGGCGGACCCUUCGUGGCCGACGGCUGCGGAGUGCUCGGAGCGGCUGCAACUGCCGGAGCCGACACUGCACGAGCUGGAGAAACUGUCCAUCAUCUCCAUGGUCAAUGGCGACGUGCUCGGCGCUGCUGGCGACAGUCUUGAUGGCGGCGACGAUGGCCGCGGUGGCGCCGCUCGGAGGCGGAAGAAGAGGAGGAGCAAGAGGGCGAGGCGCAGUCGUCGUGGUGGCAGCAGUGGCGAUGAUGGUGAUGGUGAUGGUGAUGGUGAGGGAUCGCUGACGCUGCAGGAGUCUGCAUGGGCGGUGAUGGAGCGUCUGGUUGAGGAAGAGGCGAGCACUGGCGGCAGCACGUGGUUGGCGGACGAUGUUGCGCUAUUGCGCGACGAAUUGGCGUCUAUCGCAUCUGCCCCAUCACUCGAGUCCCAGCGCAAGCAAGUCGGCUUCAAGCUCCCAAUAUGUCGCCCACCUGCCGCCAUGGAUCAUGUGGCACUGGAUGCGCUUCAUGCCGUUGCGAACCGAUACGACAACAAAGAGCGUGUGCCGGAGGAAACAGACAUUCAAGCGAUGAUCGCCCAGCUCGAGGAGCCCGGGCUGGGUGUGAAGGAGUUUGCGAUCCGCACCACCGAAUUGCUCAAGCGAGAGCCAACACACUGGCAAGCAAACUACAUUGCGUCGUUCUUCUGGCGUGGCACAGGCAACACUUCACAGGCGGUUGAGUGUCUUCGCACGGCGUAUGCGUUCGCGCCUCGACGUCAACACCUUCACAUCUUCAUCGGGCUUGCGAAUGCACUGAGUCAUGGUGGCCACCUCGUGGACGCCAUGGCCGCAGCGGAAACUGCCAUCAGGAUGGAACCACUUGAUGCCGUCUGCCACACGACGAUGGCCAAUGUCCUCAGCCGUCUCGGCGGCAGAUCAACAGAGGAGACCAUAUACUUCUAUGAGGCGGCGUUUAAACUUCGCGGCACACACUCGAGCUCGCUGCUGCCUCGAUUGCAGCUGCUGCGCUGCCAGCAGCGGUAUCUUCAGCCGCUUGCCACCUCCCACCCCACUUAGCUCCCAACCAGGACACGCCUCUGUCUGUUUGAAUGUGUGUGUGUGUGUUUGAAUGUGUGUUUGUGUUUGAAUGUGUGUGUGUGUGUGUUUGUGUCUGCGCGUGUCUGUGUCUGUUUGUGCGUGUCUAUGCCAGUGCCUGUGUAUGUGUCUGUGUGUGUGUCUGUGUGUGUUUGCACUUGUUGAGGUGUUGUCUGCUUCGAACCAGGAAUAGAGUGUCACUUUGCCCA